AGUCGCGCCCCAAAAACACAACCCCACCAACACUUCAAAGAUGUCGAGUACAACGCGACCUCCUGCGACAUCGUCUACGAAUGCGCCGUCAGGGGAGAAGUCAUAUUUUGAGCAGCAGAGAGAAGUUUUAUUGAAGGAAAUUGGCGUUAGCUUCGAACAUGUCCUCGCCAAUAUCAACAAGUUGAAUCGUUCGCUCGAGGGCGUUAUUGCUGUUGGAAAUGAAUUCAGCUCGGUCGAAGCGCUGUGGUCGCAGUUUGAGAAUGUGAUGGCUAAGGAUCCUGAUGCAGAAGCAGAAACACACGCCGGAGAAGGGGAGGAGGCGGAGCAAGACGAGGAGACGGAAAUUCGCGAGCAUGGUAAUGGGCAAUAG